CGACGCCUGGGUCCGCCAUGAACUGGGCAAUCUUUGAGGGGCUCCUGAGCGGGGUCAACAAAUACUCCACAGCCUUUGGGCGCAUCUGGCUGUCCCUGGUUUUCAUCUUCCGCGUGCUGGUGUACCUGGUGACGGCCGAGCGCGUGUGGAGUGACGACCACAAGGACUUCGACUGCAACACCCGCCAGCCUGGGUGCUCCAAUGUCUGCUUCGACGAGUUCUUCCCUGUGUCCCACGUGCGCCUCUGGGCCCUGCAGCUCAUCCUGGUCACGUGCCCCUCGCUGCUGGUGGUCAUGCACGUGGCCUACCGCGAGGCUCGAGAGAAGAGGCACCAAGAGGCCACUGGGGAGGGCGGUGGGCACCUCCACCUGGGCCCUGGCAAGAAGCGGGGUGGGCUCUGGUGGACGUACGUCUGCAGCCUGGUGUUCAAGGCUGGCAUAGACGCCACCUUCCUCUAUGUGUUCCACUCGUUCUACCCCAAAUACACCCUCCCUCGUGUGGUCAAGUGCCACGCAGUUCCGUGUGGCAAUAUAGUGGACUGCUUCAUCUCCAAGCCCUCCGAGAAGAACAUCUUCACCCUCUUCAUGGUAGUCACGGCCGCCGUCUGCAUCCUGCUCAACCUCGUGGAGCUGGCCUACCUGGUGAGCAAGAGGUGCCGCGAGUGCCUGGCAGCAAGAAGAGCCCGAGCCGCGUGGCCAGGGCAUCACCCACACUGCAAGCAGGACGACCUCCUCUCAGGCGACCUCAUCUUUCUGGCCUCAGACGCUCACCCUCCUCUCGUACCAGCCCCGCCUCAAGACUACAUGAAGAAAACCAUCCUGUGAGGGGCUGCCUAGACUGGGCUGACGGGUUAGGCCUGGGUUGGAAGGUUCCAGAAUCUCUCAUAGGUGCCACCUGGGAGUGGGGGCGCUGAACCAUGAGGAAGGGGCAGGCGAGAGGCCUGGGAUCUGAGUCCUAUUCCUCGGCUGCAGCCACCUGCCCCCAGCAUGUGGCCUUGGACGAGUUACCCCGCUGCUCUGCACCUCGGUCUCCUUGUCUGUAAAACGGAGACACUGAGUGCCACUUCUCAGCGUUGUUGUCAGGAGGGGUUUCGUAAGGGAACAGGUGUGCAAGCACGUGCAGUGU